ACUGCAUGAACCAGAUGACCUAGCUAGCUGGAUCUACUAGAGGAACUGCUACUUGGUAUUUAUUUGCUAUUUCAGCAUAUAUUUAAAUACUGGAACUUCAACUAUAGCCCCCGUAUGGCUAUCGCCAUAUCACGGCGGUAACUUGUCGAACUCCGCUUUUAUCACUACUCACGACUUUCCAGAAAUCGCCUGCUUCACCACCAUGGAUCUUGUUCAGAAGGAGCAUGAACGUCUUGGGAAGAAGAUCAAAGCUGCUCAGGGCAUCAAGAAUGUUCAAACAACUAUAGACUUACUACAGUCUGCACGAGAUGCCAUUGCUUCCGAUCCGAGUCAGACAUCUAUGACAUUGGCCAAGCUUCAGAACUCUGUGAAGUCGUCCUUCGACUCAAUAAAUGACAGCCUCAAGGACACUCAUAGCAGCCUCAACAAGUAUUCAAAGGCUUUAGAUAAGCUCUUUAAAGACAGACCGCUUCCAAGUACCGAACACGAUGCCCUCGCCUCCCAAGAGCACCUCAUCAACCGAGCUAUCGCAAUGCAUCUCCUCCGAGAAGGACAAUUUUCUGUCGCUGCAACGUUCCUUUCCGAAAUGGCGGAGAAGAGGGCCAUGGAGUCACAACAACAAGCGGGUACGAGUGCCUCGGAAAAUGCAGCGACGCUCUUGGAUAUAGAUGAAGUCCCGUCCAGCGAGGUUCGGAAACAGUUUGCCACCAUGUAUUACAUCCUACAUGAAAUGAAAGAGAACAAUAACUUGCUCCCGGCAAUCCAAUGGUCAAGGGAUAAUAGGGAAGCAUUGGAAGCCAGAGGAAGUAACCUGGAAUUCGAACUGUGCCGGUUGCAGUUUGUCUGGCUUUUCCAUGGUGGACCUGAUAAGCAGGGACCUAUUCCAACAGGGCGGCAAGAGGCUUUGGAGUACGCCAGGCGCGAGUUCCAGGGUUUCUUGCCGAGGUAUCUCCGGGAAGUCCAACAGCUUAUGGGAGCCAUGGCUUUCUGUCCCAAUCUGCAAGAUUCUCCUUACAGGGCCAUCUUCAACAACCCCUCUGCAUGGGAAGAUGUGGCACACUCUUUCACUCGUGAAUUCUGCUCUCUCCUCGGGUUAUCUGCUGAUUCGCCUCUAUACGUUGCUGCUACAGCCGGUGCGAUUGCUCUGCCGACGUUACUAAAACUGCAAACCAUCAUGAAAGCGAAGCGGACAGAGUGGACCACGGAAAAUGAGCUUCCGGUCGAAAUACCGCUUCCACCGUCGUAUCUCUUCCAUUCUAUUUUCGUCUGCCCCGUUUCCAAGGAACAAACCACUGAUGACAAUCCCCCGAUGAUGAUGCCCUGUGGUCAUGUCAUCGCAGAGGAGUCACUUAAACGGUUAUGCAAGGGUAGUAGAUUCAAGUGUCCUUAUUGCCCCAAUGAAAGUCAUCCGCGGGAGGCGAAGAAGGUCUUCCUGUAGGACAAAAUAGAUAUGGGAUUUUUUGUUGCAGUAUUUGAAUGGCGUAAUGGCGAGACAUCUCUACACACAUCAAGU